GGUCAUAUUACACAUGCUACAAAUAUCCCUGGAGUGACAUUACAGUCAGGAUAUCAUAAAGCACGCACUCUAACGGCACGACCAGGAACACCCGGCAUUAUCUAAAGUAAUGGAUCAAGGUAAAAUAACAAGGUUUCUUUAGUGUGUAUCUAUGGUGUAUAGAAAAAUCAAAAUGUAUUCUGGUUUACUCAUGGAAACACUCCAUGAGUGUUUGACAGGUUGGUGGACAGGUUGUUAAACAAUUGAAAUUGCAUAUUUUUGCAAUUAAAUACCAUCAGCAGAAAAUAAACUUGACAUUUGGGAACCUGUUGCUGAUUAACAUAGAUUUAUAAGUAAUAUAAAAAAAUCACUGCUUGUUAGAAAUCCACAUUUUUACAUGUUAUACUGUACAUUAUUACUUAGGAAAAUGGUCUUCAUGAGAUUGAAAUGUGUUUUUAAUUGACUUCUUUCACAGCCUUGGAUAUAGAGCGAUGUGAUGUGGAGAGUAGGAUCAACAAUACUACUCACCACACUGACCAAAAUGGGCUUGACCGGCUGAUAGUUAGAAGGGGCCUGCCCUUCACCAUCACUUUGCACCUCAAAUCUGGGAGUCAGUUCCAAGCAGGCAUCAGCACAUUCAGGUUCAUAGCAGAGACAGGUACAGUACUGUGGACACGAUAGAAAGACCUCAUUAGUUGGGGAACAUUCAGUAUAUCGUCAGCAAAACUGUAUGUAUAUGAAUUUAUAUUCAUUAAUAUGAAUUUACAUUUACAGUGGGGUCCGAAAUUAUUGACACCCUUGAUAAAGAUGAGUAAAAAUUAUAUAAUAAAGAAUUCUAAUAAUUCAAAUUGUCCAUUUAAAUUUAUUGGAUUCCUAUAAAAAAUUAGCAAUGGCCAUCUCAGUCUCCGGACUUGAAACCCAUUGAACACCUGUGGUUUGAAUUGAAGAGGGCAGUCCAUAAGAGCAAACAAAGAAUAUCAAGGAUCUGGAAAGAUUCUGUAAUAAAGUCCCAAAGGAUUCAGUUGAUAAAAUCCUCAAACCUUCCCAAUGUGUUCUCCAACUCAUAAAACAAUUUAGAAAAAGGCUCAGUGCCGUUAUCCCUGCAAGGUGAGGUAUUGAAAGGGAUUGAAUACAGGGGUGUCAAUAAUUUUUACACCUACCUUUUUGAGAAAAAACUAAAUCUCUUUCUCUCAGCAAUUGUAUUAGUAUAAAAUCAUAUAAUUUCCCAAUUUAUUUUAGCAUACAAUAUAGCUCAGUAUUUGAAUUAUUUAUUAUAUAAUUUUUGCUCAUCUUUAUCAAGGGUGUCAAUAAUUUCGGACCCCACUGUAAAUGUAAAUUCAUAUACAUGCAUGUAAAUUCACAUACAUACAGUUUUGCUGACAAAAUACUGAAUUUUCAAGCAAGGAUUCCCCAACUAUCUGAUAUGGUGGGUGUCAAAAUCCUCUUUCUUGUGCUUUUUGAAGUGGAAUGACCCAAGUGUCAAUCAUUUCAGACCCUACUGAAUGUCUUCGGCAUCGAGGGGACAUAAAGACAUAAUUGUUCUUUAUGUCUUUCAACAGGGCCGUUACCUAGAGAGCAAUCAGGCACCAAGUCUACCUUCAGCCUGACUGACACCGCAUCAAAGACAGACUGGAGUGCGUCCACUACUAGUCCCACUGGGAAUGUAGUCUCUCUGUCUGUGUCCUCCCCUCCUGAUGUCCCCAUUGGACUGUACUCCUUGACCUUGGACCAGGGCCAGAAGGUCAAACUGGGGGAGUUUGUACUGCUGUUCAAUCCCUGGUGUGCCAGUAAGUCAGAGUGUUUCUUUCAUCUGUCACUAUCAUUAGACCAGGGAGCUCUGUAACAGAUCUCAUCUGUAAUCCGCUUGUCUAUUUUUCUUGGCUACAGAGGAUGCAGUUUACAUGGAGGAAGAGAGAGACAGGCAGGAGUAUGUGUUAUCCCAGGCUGGUCUCAUCUACAAAGGCACAACGAAACGAUUCAAAGCUUCCCCAUGGACGUUUGGCCAGGUAUGUUGUGGAGCUUCCACAGAAUAAUACAUUAUAUAAUGUAGCAUGCAUUAUUGGAAUCUGAAUUAGUGGAACUAUGUAAAGUAUGACAAGCCAGGAUGAAUGUAUAUUUAUCCCUGUCUUCUGGUUCUCACUCUGCAGUUUGAGCCUGGGAUGCUGGACAUCUGUCUGAAACUCCUGGAUGAGAAUCCUAAAUACACGUUAGAUGCAGAUGCAGACUGUUCUGGAAGGAGAAACCCAGUUUAUGUGACUAGGGUGAUCAGUGCCAUGGUAAGUGUGAGCAAUGAAGUACCAGGAUUUGUCUGUGCUCAGACUAAACAUUAGGCACUAUUGACUGCAAUACAUCAUUAUAAGAAAGUAAUGGUUUUUAUCCUUGUGUGUCAGAUCAACAGUAAUGAUGACAAAGGUGUGCUAGUGGGCAACUGGUCAGGUGACUAUGAUGAUGGCGUGAGACCCUCUCACUGGACAGACAGUGUUGCCAUACUACAUCAGUGGGCUGAUAACUGCUGCCAGAGGGUUCGCUAUGGCCAGUGUUGGGUGUUUGCUGCAGUAGCAUGCACAGGUAAAAGCAAAAUAACUUUGUUCAGUUCCAUUGUUUAUGGGACUUUUUCAAUGGCGAAGCAAUAUAUACAGUACCAGUCAAAGGUUUGGACACACCUACUCAUUCCAGGGUUUUUCUUUAUUUUUACUAUUUUCUACAUUGUAGAAUAAUAGUGAAGACAUCAAAACUAUGAAAUAACACAUAUGGAAUCAUGUAGUAACCAAAAAAGUGUUAAACAAAUCAAAAUAUAUUUUACAUUUGAGAUUUGAGAUUCUUCAAAGUAGCCACCCUUUGCCUUGAUGACAGCUUUGCACACUCUUGGCAUUCUCUCAACCAGCUUCAUUAGGUAGUCACCUGGAAGGCAUUUCAAUGAACAGGUGUGCCUUGUUAAAAGUGAAUUUGUGGAAUUUCUUUCUUUCUUAAUGCAUUUGAGCCAAUCAGUUGUGUUGUGACAAGGUAGGGGGGGUUACAGAAGAUAGCCCUAUUUGGUAAAAGACCCAAGUCCAUAUUAUGGCAAGAACAGCUCAAAUAAGCAAAGAGAAAUGACAGUCCAUUACUUUAAGACAUGAAGGUCAAUCAAUCCAGAACAUUUCAAGAACUUUGAAAGUUUCUUCAAGUGCAGUCGCAAAAACCAUCAAGCGCUAUGAUGAAACUGGCUCUCAUGAGGACCGCCACAGGAAAGGAAGACCCAGAGUUACCUCUGCUGCAGAGGAUAAGUUCAUUAGAGUUACCAGCCUCAGAUAUUGCAGCCCAAAUAAAUGCUUCACAAGUUCAAGUAACAGACACAUCUCAACAUCAACUGUUCAGAGGAGACUGUGUGAAUCAGGCCUUCAUGGUCGAAUUGCUGCAAAGAAACCUCUACUAAAGGACACAAAUAAUAAGAAGAGACUUGCUUGGACCAAGAAACACGAGUAAUGGACAUUAGACUGGUGGAAAUCUGUCCUUUGGUCUGAUGAGUCCAAAUUUGAGAUUUUUGGUUCCAACCGCCGUGUCUUUGUGAGACGCAGAGUAGGUGAAUGGAUGAUCUCCGCAUGUGUGGUUCCCACUGUGAAGCAUGGAGGAGGAGUUGUGAUGGUGCUUUGCUGGUGACACUGUCAGUGAUUUAUUUAGAAUUCAAAACACACUUAACCAGCAUGGCUACCACAGCAUUCUGCAGCGAUACACCAUCCCAUCUGGUUUGCGCUUAGUGGGACUAUAAUUUGUUUUUCAACAGGACAAUGACCCAAAACACACCUCCAGGCUGUGUAAGGGCUAUUUGACCAAGGAGAGUGAUGGAGUGCUGCAUCAGAUGACCUGGCCUCCACAAUCACCCGACCUCAACCCAAUUGAGAUGGUUUGGGAUGAGAUGGACCGCAGAGUGAAGGAAAAGCAGCCAACAAGUGCUCAGCAUAUGUGGGAACUCCUUUAAGACUGUUGGAAAAGCAUUCCAGGUGAAGCUGGUUGAGAGAAUGCUAAGAGUGUGCAAAGCUGUCAUCAAGGCAAAGGGUGGCUACUUUGAAGAAUCUAAAAUCUAAAAUAUAUUUUGAUUUGUUUAACACUUUUUUGGUUACUACAUGAUUCCAUAUGUGUUAUUUCAUAGUUUUGAUAUCUUCACUAUUAUUCUACAAUGUAGAAAAUAGUAAAAAUAAAGAAAAACCCUGGAAUGAGUAGGUGUGUCCAAACUUUUGACUGGUACUGUACAUAAAAUAGUGAAUGUAUAUAUUUGUCUUGAUGCUGUAAGUACUAGAAUACAUAUUUUGUCUGGUUAUGAGGCAAGCGCUUUAACAAGAAAGAGGCAAUGGAUUAUUUAUAGUGCAUGACUUCAAUGGAAACUGUCAGGACUGUAAUCUGCAGCUACUUGUAAUAUCUUCAUUGCCUUUCUUUAAUUGCCAAGUGAUAUGAAGGUGCUGAUGUUUGACUUCUUCUGUCCACAAGUUUCUCGUGCUCUGGGUGUCCCGUGUCGAGUGGUUACUAACUUUGGAUCCGCUCAUGACACAAACAGCAACCUACUGAUUGAGUUCCUGUAUGAUGAGGAUGGAAAUGAUAUAUCUGAUGAUUCAGUAUGGUGAGAAAAAUACAGUAAGCGGUACUGAAACAACAAUGCUCUAUAUGAUUGUGAAACAAUGUUACAAUGUACCUGUAUUAUACACUUUGUCUCAGGAACUUCCACGUGUGGGUAGAUAAUUGGAUGGCUCGUCCUGAUCUUGAAGCAGGCUAUGAUGGCUGGCAAGCAAGUGACCCCACACCACAAGAAAAGAGUGAAGGUGAGCCUGCAAAUGUUAAUACACUAAAGUUAUAGUGCAAGUCAGACACCACCGUGUGUAUGAAAAUGCUUCAUAGAUUAAGCUAGUAUUAUAAUCAUGGCCAAAGCAAGUAAUUUAAGGUCAGAUAUAAUGUGUAUACUUUAAAUUACUAGGAGCAAAGAGGAUUUCAUUCACACUCUAGGCACAGGCCUCAGAGUGUCUUAGAAUGCAAUCCUAUCUGUGUGAUCUGUCUAUUACUAGGUAUUAAUUCACUCAGCUGGGAGUAUCUAGGUCACUUGUAACACUAUCUACAUCAACUCAUUUAAUGCAAGGUGCAAUCAAUGAAGAUGCAUGGUAGUCUGAUGUAGGCCUAUCUUCAGAGAUAUCCAGAGACAAAUGUUGAAAUGGGAAAUGUUUUAUGAAGUGUUACUUUGUCUGGCAUGUACUCUCUCACAACCAUUUCAAUGAGAGGUAACAUGAUCACAUUUUAAGUUUGAAUUCAGUUGACAGCUUGUCAAGGAUGUAGUGCAGUACAACAACCCACUCCAUGUCCUUGGUUAUUCUCUCUGACAGGAGUGUUCUGCUGUGGCCCUGUCCCUCUGAAAGCCAUUAAAGAGGGAGAACUAACCCUGAAGUACGACGCCCCGUUUGUGUUUGCUGAGGUCAACGCUGACGUGGUGGAGUAUGUGAAGCUGACCAAUGGCAGGAUGGUAAAGAUGGGGGGAUCGUCCACGGAUGUGGGGCACUUUAUCAGCACCAAGGCUGUGGGCAGUGACGAGAGGCAUGACAUCACACACCUAUACAAGCACCCUGAAGGUAGGCCACGUCUGCAGGACACUAAAAUACCUGACUAGUCUUUGUAAAUCUGUGCUAGAGCUCGAUUAUAACUUCUGGUGGCUUUCAGGUUCUUUGCAGGAGAGAGAGGUCUAUGAGAGAGCCAAGCAUCACCAUGAGCUCCAGCAGAAAGGAGAGGAACCAGGCCUGAAGGUGAAGAUCAAGGUGUCCCCUGACAUGGACAUUGGGGCGGAUUUUGAUGUGUUUGCAGUCGUCACAAACAACACAGAGGCUGACAAGACGUGUCGUGUUAUGUUUUAUGCCCGGAUUGUGUCCUAUGAUGGCAAACCAGGUGCCAACUGUGGAUUCAUUGAAGACUUAACUAUGGAGGUUCCCACUGGAAAAGGUCAGGUCCCAUCUACAGUGUAAGCCAGAAACAUGGAAUGUAUGUUUUCCCUGACCCUGCUGUCUUCUUAUCUGUAGAGAAGCGCCUUCCCCUAAGAGUGGAGUAUGUUGACUAUGGUGACACCAUAACAUCAGAUAGGCUGAUUCAAUUGGUUCUCAUUGUCAUCGAAUCAAGUCCCAGGGAAUUCCACAAGGCAAAGAGGACCAUCGUGCUGGAGAGCCCAGAUAUAGCCAUCAAGGUAUUGACUACCGUAUUUUCUUUACCAAUUCUUUAUAGAAAUUGUGAUGUUAAAUCAUCAAAUCAUUCAGUGUUUCCUUUCCUCAGAUAAAGUUGAUUACUUUUAGUGUAAUAUUUAGGUGAAAAAUCUGUCGAUGUGCCCUUGAGCAAGGCACUUAACCCUAAUUGCUCCUGUAAGUCGCUCUGGAUAAGAGCGUCUGCUAAAUGACUAAAAUGUAAAUGUAUUCAGAGAGGGUAUAAUCAGCAUGUCUAAUAUGUUCUCCUGCAGCUCUUGGGAGAACCCAGAGUGAACCAGAAGCUGUCUGCAGAGAUCUCACUACAGAACCCUCUACCAGAACUCCUGCAGAACUGCUUCUUCAGUGUGAUGGGAGCCAGCCUCACAGAUGGAAAAAUCCUCAUACAGAAGUAUACAAACAGUGCUGACACACUGGAUCAGUUCAAUAUUAGCUUGAUAGCUUUUUUAGCCACUAGUCAGUAAACAAUCUCCAAAUAUGGAAGUACAGUAGAGUACGCUUGAUUGUAAACUCACUUCAAGGCCACAUAUCCUUCUCACAUUGGAAAAUACUAGAGCUCCGCUCAUAUACAGUGAGGGAAAAAAGUAUUUGAUCCCCUGCUGAUUUUGUACGUUUACCCACUGACAAAGACAUUAUCAGUCUAUAAUUUUAAUGGUAGGUUUAUUUGAACAGUGAGAGACAGAAUAACAAAACAAAAAAUCCAGAAAAACACAUGUCAAAAAUGUUAUAAAUUGAUUUGCAUUUUAAUGAGGGAAAUAAGUAUUUGACCCCUCUGCAAAACAUGACUUAGUACUUGGUGGCAAAACCCUUGUUGGCAAUCACAGAGGUCAGACGUUUCUUGUAGUUGGCCACCAGGUUUGCACACAUCUCAGGAGGGAUUUUGUCCCACUCCUCUUUGCAGAUCUUCUCCAAGUCAUUAAGGUUUUGAGGCUGACGUUUGGCAACUCAACCUUCAGCUCCCUCCACAGAUUUUCUAUGGGAUUAAGGUCUGGAGACUGGCUAGGCCACUCCAGGACCUUAAUGUGCUUCUUCUUGAGCCACUCCUUUGUUGCCUUGGCCGUGUGUUUUGGGUCAUUGUCAUGCUGGAAUACCCAUCCACAACCCAUUUUCAAUGCCCUGGCUGAUUUGAUGGUAUAUGGCCACGUCCAUCGUCCCUUUGAUGCGGUGAAGUUGUCCUGUCCCCUUAGCAGAAAAACACCCCCAAAGCAUAAUGUUUCCACCUCCAUGUUUGACGGUGGGGAGGGUGUUCUUGGGGUCAUAAGCAGCAUUCCUCCUCCUCCUCCAAACACAGCGACUUGAGUUGAUGCCAAAGAGCUCGAUUUUGGUCUCAUCUGACCACAACACUUUCACCCAGUUCUCCUCUGAAUCAUUCAGAUGUUCAUUGGCAAACUUCAGACGGGCAUGUAUAUGAGCUCUUUGGUCUUGGCCAUGGUGGAGAGUUUGGAAUCUGAUUGAUUGAUUGCGUCUGUGGACAGGUGUCUGUUAUACAGGUAACAAGCUGAGAUUAGGAGCACUCCCUUUAAGAGUGUGCUCCUAAUCUCAGCUCGUUACCUGUAUAAAAGACACCUGGGAGCCAGAAAUCUUUCUGAUUGAGAGGGGGUCAAAUACUUAUUUCCCUCAUUACAAUGCAAAUCAAUUUAUAAAAUUUUUGACAUGCGUUUUUCUGGAUUUUUUUGUUGUUAUUCUGUCUCUCACUGUUCAAAAAAACUUAGACUGAUCAUUUCUUUGUCAGCGGGCAAACGUACAAAAUCAGCAGGGGAUCAAAUACUUUUUUCCCUCACUGUAGCCUACCAGUCAAUUCUGCUCUCUGACUACAUGACUGUAUCCAUUCCCUCUUGUGACCUUGCUGUUCUCUCCAUUCUCCCUGGUGUUGGAAGUGUUGGUCCAAAACAGGAGGUCAAGUGCACAGUGGAAUUCACACCUACUAGCACCGGGUCCAGGACCCUAACAGUAGACUUCGACAGUGACAAGCUGAGCAACAUCAAGCAAUACUUGAACAUUGAGAUAGGAAUGAAUAAUAUAAUGGCCAAUGACACCAACACCAUUUCUUUUUAA